AUGGCUGAAAACGGUUACCACUUAUAUAUCUUUAUACUACUUAUUCAAGUGUCGCUUAACAGAGCCGUCACAGAUAGGAGGUUUUCGGACUUUAAACGAUGCGCCGACGAAGAAUGUAGCAUGCUUCUGUGUCGGGGGAAAGCGGCAAAGGAUUUCUCUGGACCAGACUGUCGAUUUUUAGACUUUAAAAAGGGAGAGACAAUAUAUGUGUACUAUAAACUCUCAGGACAUAGGUCAGAUGUGUGGGCAGGGAGUGUUGGAACCCGCUUUGGUUAUUUCCCAAAGGACUUACUAAUAAUUAAUCAUAUAUAUACAGAUAAAGAAUUAGAAGUUCCAGCAGAGGAAACAGACUUUGUUUGUUUUGAUACUGGUUUUGAUAAGUUCGACAGCUAUGAUAUUGAUGUGCUGUUGGGCAACUCAGAAGAAACAGAUGAUCAAACUAAAGCAGCUAGACGCGUUGCAGAAGAUUUGCAGACAGCUCCUGAAGAGUCUCCUGUGGAUAGUGAAGGAAAAGAAGGUGACAGCAAUGAGCCUCAGGGCAGAGAGACUGAGGCUCAUGAGGCUGUACAAGGAGGAGAUCCCAGCAAUUUAGAGCCCAGUGAACUCUCACAAGCUCCCCCCGAAACUGAGGCAAACACUGUGAAAACAGAGCCUGAGGAAUCUCAUAGUACAGGGAAUGCCACAGCAGAUGAUACAGAUUUAGAUUCGAAUCUCAGACAAACCAAAGAUGACCCCUCAGAGACACUAGACGAACCUUCACCCAAAGAUGCUGCUGAUUUACAGGGAGAUGAACAUGUCACUGAAAGCCAAGACAUGCCUGAGUUGCAAACCACACUAGGGACAACAUUUGAUGCUGUCACCUCAGACGACGAGGACACUUGGAGAGUGACUCCUUACUUUGACGAAGAGGAAGAAGAAGAAGAAGACAGAGGUGAUGCAUUACAGGAUCAAAAGAGUGAUCAAACUGAAGAUGAUCCAGUUAAACCCCCUCUUCUCUCUUUUGUAGAAGAGCCCUCUUAUUUUGAGGAAGACUUUCCAAAUCCAGCUGAGGCAGAGGAGGAACAGAUCCUGCCUGAAACACCAGCAGAAACACCAACUGAAACACCAACUGAAACACCAGCUGAAACACCAGCAGAAACACCAACUGAAACACCAGCUGAAGAAAAAGAAACAGUAAAGGAUAAGAGCAUGUGGUCAUCACUGGGGGACACAGUUUUCAAAAUAGUUAGUGGAGGAGAAAGAACUGAUCCAGUUGGAGACGAGGAGGAGGAGGAUGAUGAUGAUGAUGAUGAAGAGGAGGACACUGACUCAGUUAAAUCUGAGAAAACGAUUGAACAGCCGGAAGAGAUGUUGCCAUCAGACACGCAUAAAGAGCCAAAAGAGGACCAAUACUCAAAGGAACAAUUGGAAAUUGAGGAACCCACUGAAUCCAGUCUCAUUAUAGAGCCAGACGAUUUUUCUGAGAAGAGCUCUGCAACAUCACAGGUCAGUGAUGCUGAAGAAGAGAUUGAUCAAAAUGAUCAGCCUCAGCUUGUUCCUAGCGAUGAAGAUAACCAAGCAGAACAACACAUUGCAGACUCCACCCCCUCAGACUCACCUUCACAAAGUGAUCAUCUAGAACCUAAAUCAGAUGACAUGAAACCUGUGUUGUACGAACAAGUUAAGAGUUCUGCUGAUAGAGAUGAUCCUAAUAUAAGCAUGUCAGAAGGUGAAACAUCCCAGGAAUCUGACAGCAUAUCACAUGUCGAAGAAACAGAAAAUGAGGUGGAGUCAAUAUCUGAUAAGGAUUUAGUCAAACAGGGCAAUAAAGCAGAUAACACUAAUUUGUUUAAUGAUAUGUUGAACGAAAAAAUACACAGUCAUCGUAAGGACAAAGAAGAAGAAGAAGAAGAAGAAGAAGAGGAAGUCAGCCAUCAAGCAGAAGAAGAGAAUGAUGUAGAAGAGCUCCUUGAGGAUGAAAACGCUUUGCUGUCUACUAUGAAGACAGAACACCCUGAUGAAAUGGACAAGGUUAAUAAAACACCAGAGACUGAGGAGGUUGAAUCUGACCACAAAGUGGAUGGAGAUGAGGAUAUACCCAAACAAAGUGAUGAUGAUACAGAGAAAAGUGAAGAACCAUCCCACGAACAUUCACUAAAUGAGAAAGAAGAUAACAUUGCACCUGAGAAGUCAAAUGACACUGAGUCUAUGGAGUCAAAAGACUCUCACCAACACGAGGAACCUGAGUACAGCGAUAGUGUGCUAAGACUGACUAUCUUAAGGGACCACUUCAAGGAGGAGGAUAUGAAGCGUCUUCAGAAGCAUUUAGGCCUGAAAAACCUCUUUAGAGUUGAGGCCAUGUUCACUGACCUGGAACAGGAGCUGAGGUCUAUAAGGGAGUCUCAGACAGAUAACUAUGAAGAUGUAGAGAGGGCACUUGAGAGAGUCCUAGAAACCUCAGAAAACUCCAUUCUGGAUGAGGUUGAGAAAAUGCUAGAUGCCAGAGAACCGAAGCCCUCUGACCAUGCACAGGAUCCAGACACAGGCAUGUACGAUGAGGAGGCAGCCCUGUUAGAUGAUUUUCAGGAACUUGCAUUCCAUUUGCGGCAGAAGUACUCCAUGGCCAGUGAUAGCACGCCUUUGGCCGAAGAGAGUCAGAAUCAAACUGAAACUGAAAGUGCAGUUCAUCAUGAGGAUGUGGACGAGUCGGUCAGCAACCUUACAGUCACUGAAGAGGCAGAAGAACCUAAAGUCCUAGAGGAAGAGGAUGAUCCAAAAUCACAAGAUGUUACUCCUAAUGAUAAUUUGCCACAUAGCCAAGACAUAGGCAUUGAGGAUGGAGGUCACUUUAACAAAAAUAAAGAUAGCCAAGCAAACUUCAAAGACCCUGAAGAGGUACAAAGAGGACCUCAAGCUAUUUUGGACAGUCCACUGGAUAUGGGAUUUGGUUUUGAUGUGGAGCAUUCAUCUUCAGGUUCACUGGAAUCCCCAGGCGUUUCUGAUUUUAAUGAAGAUGGCGAAAACAGCGUCUUCUCUACGGCUGCACUUUUAGCCUAUGCAAGAGAUCUGCUUUCUCUGUCUCAGGAAUGCUUUGGAGUGUAUGCAGAAAUGGUAAUUGCAGCCCUACCUGAAGAAUGGCAGCCAGGGCCUACUUUCCAUGGACUUCCUUGGGAACCAGUGCUUGCUACGGCAGCAGUGGGAAUCGUCACUUUCCUGGUGUUCUUCUGGAGGACCGUGCUUGCGGUCAAAAGCAGAACAUAUCUGUUGACCGAGAAGCAGCUUGCAGAGAGGAUUGAGCGACUCAACGGUGAAAAAUCGGAUGCACUCCUCAAGAUAACAGAACUUAAUGCCAUGAUCAAAGAGCGUGAAAGCCAGCUGAAAGAAUCCGAACAAUCGCAAAGUUGCACUCAGCAAGAAAAGGAGAAGCUUCAGGAACAUUUGAAAAAACUGCAGAAAAAAACAGACACAAUGACUGAGACCAUUUCUGUCUUACAUGGAGAGAUCACGGACGAACAGAAAAAGAACAAAGAACUUAGUGACUUGAUUGGUUCUUUGCACAAAUCAGUUGAAAAGUUCCAGCUCGUCAUCAAGACUCAAAGUGAAGAGCGUGAAAAGGUUCAGGUCCUUUUGGAUGAGGCUAAGCUAAGAGAGGAUGCCCUGAGAGCUGAAGUCACCAGUUUUGUGAAGGAAAAUGGUUCUUUGAAGGAACAGAAGAAACACUUGCUUCGCGAUGCUAAGCAGUGGGAGGAGAAGCACAAGGACUUGAGCGAGAAGAUCAGAGUCUAUCAGAAAUCCCAGAAGGACCUGGAAGAUGCUCUCAAACAUAAGGAAACUGAAAUUGAUGUUUUGUCUGAUUGCAUUGCUGAGUUGGGGAACUUGGAUGCCUGCGACACUGAGGAGCUUCAUAAAGGCGACGCCAAGAUGGCAAACGGAGACACUAAUGUCAAUAAGAGUGAUGCCAUGAAAGCCCGACUCAAACAGAUGAUGGACGUCUCAAGGGUCAAGACCACCAUUUCUGUUGUUGAAGAGGAAAGGAACCGAUAUUUGGAGAAAUUGCUCGGCGAGGAAAAAGUUAGACAAGAACUUGAAGAACAAGUUAAGAAACUUGAGCAUGACAGGUCAGCUUUAGAAAAUGAGAAAUCUCACCUGGAAAACCAACACAAAACCCUUCAACAGAAACUGGAAAUCAUGACUGAGAUGUACAUGGAGAAAGAUAACGCCUUACAGCGGAAACUGACCCAGGAAGAGCUGGAGCGACGGGAGAAGGAGUCCCGACUCUCUGAGGUGGACGGCAAAGCCAUGAGGGCCGAAGAAGAGCUGAAGACCUACAAACAGAGGAUUCAGGAUCUGGAAGAUGUUCUGCAGAAAACCGAGCACUCCUACAAGACCCAGAUCUCAGCUCUUGAGAAGAAAGCCCAUGAGUCUUGGUUAAACGCCCGUGCGUCAGAAAGAGCUCUGGUGGAGGAGAAGAGGGAGAUGACUAACCUGCGUCAGAAACUGGUAGAGAUCAGUGACAAAAAGGCUGAGUUACAGCGUUGCCUGAUGAAGUCUGCUCCUAUUCAACCGGACCGCCACAUGCCCCCCAUGCGCAGAGGCGACUCAUAUGGGCCUUCUCCUGUAAGCGGGGGUGCCCCUUCACCCCCUUUAAUGAUAGAGGGUCCGGGGCGCCCCCCUUCUGCCCCUGUGGGCCGAAGGAACGAGCCCCUUGGACCAUGGCCUCCCUCUGACUCACAUGGACGCUUCUCUGACCUCGGACACCCACUUCCUGCCAGACCAGAUAUGUAUGCUCCUCGGACCUCCUCUCCUACCACAUCAGAAGGAUCGCAAACAACCCCAGUGGAUACAGUGACACAAACUUCAACACAGGCCUCCACAGAGUCGACAGAGGCACUCUCUAAAUCUCAGAGCCAAGGGUCAUUCCUUCCUUCACCAAUCAGAGACUCCCCGGGUCCAGGCCCAAAUGCCCUUCCAAAGGGACACGGGCCCCCACUCAUGGAUGGCCCCUACCCAGUUCCACCAAAUGGACCACCUCCUCCCAUGAUGCGACCACCCAAUGGACAGCCAAACAUGAUGCCCCCUGGACCUCCUCCUCCUGACCUGCGCUUUGGACCACCCAUGCAUGACCCACGCUUCAGACCACCUCCUCCCGUUGGCCCCUAUGGUCCUCCGUCCCGCCAUUUCGGACCUGUUCCUCCCCCGUUUGGCCGAGGCCCUUUGCCACCAAGGGACUACCCACCUGUGGGACCCCUUCCUCCCCAACCAUUUGGACAGAAUGGCCCCAACCCUGACUUUUAUGGGCCGAAGGACUACCCACCCCGACCUCUGCCACCCGGAGCUAUGCCACCACCCGGAGCUAUGCCACCACCCGGAGCUAUGCCACCACCCGGAGCUAUGCCACCACCUGGAGGUAUGCCUCCACCUGGAGCUAUGCCAAGACCUGGAGCCUUCCCACCUGUCAGAAAUAUGCCCCCACCUGGGUCUAUGCCACCCCCUCCGUUUGGUACCAAAGACAACCCUGGGCCUGCACCACCUCAAGACCCUGCUUCUGCACAUAAUCCCAGAGACGGUCCGCUAGCUGCCCCACUGGCCUCCUCCCAGACUACAGAUUGUUCUACAGAGCAAAGGGCAGGACCAGACACAGUCAGUCCUUAAAUGUCUGAACUCUGGGCUCUAACCCACCACCACCGCCACCACCACCACCGAGAUGGCAAAACCAUCAGCCACUGCUAGACUAAAUUCAUUUUGGUUUUUUUCUUUUCUUAUUUUUGGUCAGAAAUGUCAAUAAACAUUCAGUUCAGUGCAUUGAAAAAAAAUUGCUUCAGUAUUAAGGCAUCAAAAAAAAAAAAAAAAAGAAAAGUCACAUUUUGUUCACCAUCUUGCUCGUUCUGAACAGUAACUAUCAGAUAAGGAAAUUAAGGAGUUUUUUGCCACUUGCCUGCUGCGGCGCAUUGUGCAAUGUUUCUAUUUUAUGUGGGAGAAUUUCUUUUCCCCUCCAAUAGUGUUUUAAGAGGGAAAAAGCCUUUACAAAUUGUUUGAUUUAAGAAGGGGGGCAAAAAAAAAACAAAACAACAACUUUGGCUAUGAUUGAUGAUAACCCAGAGCUGUUGCCCCGUAAUAAACUGUAAAGGUAAGUUGUGAAUAAUUAUGAUUGUGAGAAAUAUAACUUAUUUUAAUACAUUCAUAGAAUCUUUACUAAUAUACUGCUGCAGGUAUGAUAUUCUUGAUAUGGAAAAACAGCAGGUAUAGGUACUUGAAGUCUUAGCCUUUACCCUUAAGUUAACUUCUUUAAAACCACAGCCUCGCUUCAUAUUCAAUAUUUUGUUCAAUAUUCUGUUCAAAUCUAAAACCACCUUGAGAGGAUUUUUAAUAUGUAAUAGUUUUGGCUUUGCCUAAAAUGAAGAAUGGUCAGCGUGUCUGUUUUUUAGUGCUCUUAUUGUAUUAUUUUUGUCAUAUCUUUUCCAUGGGGAAAGACACCCACAUGCUGUCAUAUUGACAGAAUGUUUGUAUGCUUCCUGUGUUUGCAUUAAAAUCAUAUGAAUUAAAUGACCACAAACAGUAACAGGCUUUGCUUCAUCGUAGAAUCUAGCUAAAUAAGUGAAGAUUAUUCUCUGACGCAUCUUUCUGUUGCACCUCAUCAAGGAAAUGCAGGUUUACAACACCUAGAUAUU